CGCGCCGUGGAGUUCCGCCGCUCCCGGAAGUGGCGGAAGGGUGACGGGACGGAGCGGAAGUCACCGGAGAGACGGGCGGAGGCGGCGAGCGAGGAUGAACAACAAAUUUGACGCUUUGAAAGAUGAUGACAGUGGGGACCAUGACCAGAACGAAGAGAACAGCACACAGAAAGAUGGUGAGAAGGAAAAAAAUGAUCGUGACAAAUCCCAGAGUAGCACCAAAAGGAAGGCUGUUGUCCCAGGGCCGGCUGAGCACCCCCUGCAGUAUAAUUAUACUUUCUGGUACUCCAGACGAACACCUGGGAGACCCACCAGCUCUCAGAGCUAUGAACAGAACAUCAAACAGAUUGGCACCUUCGCCUCAGUGGAGCAGUUCUGGAGGUUUUACAGUCACAUGGUACGUCCUGGGGACCUGACAGGCCAUAGCGACUUCCAUCUCUUCAAAGAGGGAAUCAAACCCAUGUGGGAGGACGAUGCCAACAAAAAUGGUGGCAAAUGGAUUAUCCGUCUGCGCAAGGGCUUAGCAUCCCGCUGCUGGGAGAAUCUCAUUCUGGCGAUGUUGGGAGAACAGUUUAUGGUGGGGGAAGAGAUCUGUGGGGCAGUUGUCUCUGUCCGGUUCCAGGAGGAUAUUAUCUCCAUAUGGAACAAGACUGCUAGCGACCAGGCCACAACAGCUCGGAUACGCGACACGUUACGCCGAGUGCUUAACCUACCUCCGAACACCAUCAUGGAAUACAAAACGCACACUGACAGCAUCAAGUGUCCCUCCCUUCCAUCGAACUUCACUCCUGUCUGAAAAGACCCUCUGGAAACCUGAAAUUAUGAUGUGUUCAUCACCGUCAGCCCUCCUUUAGUAGGCUCCUGUGUUGCCGCUGCUGGAAGGCUAUCAGAAAGCACCAACGCAGGGGCUAACGGUUCACGUUAUCAAUGACCAGAUCAUGUGCCCUGAGCAUAGACAGAUGAGCUGAUCCUGCAGCAACAGCAACGGGAGUGAUACUAGUCCCACAAGUAAGGGCUGUGGGAUUGACCCCUCUGUGUUUGAACUCUGAGAACUUCCCUUCCAGCGUAUGGGAUUUUUACGGUGGGGCACAUUUGGUGCCUAACCUUCUUGCCAGUCCCUUUACAGAGGGACCCCUGGGUGAGGGGCUAAAGGCAGGAGAGCUAAGAGCACAGAUGCUAAACAAAAUGACUUGUCCCUCGUUUGAGAGCAGAAUAGAUGUAUGGGAAAGAGACCCUGCAAUGAGCCAACUUAGUCCAGUCCUGAAAUCUGCCAGGCAGGUUGUGCGAGAUCAUAGGCACCUGUUGCAGUAAUAUCCUGUCUGUUUCUGAAUGGAUAAGGAUGAAACCAGGAUCUUCUGAUUUUCCAUCUAAGUAGGCUAGCUAUCGGUAGCAGCUUGGGAUAAAGCAGAGACGCUGUUUGGGUGAAGUGUGGAUGUUUAGCAGUUAACUAGGGGGAUUUGGGAGGUGAACUUGAAUCAUGUGGGUUGUUGCUUGUUACCCUCAGUGUGGUGGGACUGGUCAGGCUCUGUGUCUGUAUCUGAGGCUGUGUACUUACCGAUGUAUUAACUUCUCGUUCCCUCCG